GCUUAGAAACAAAUACAAACAUUAUUCUUCACUCCUUCAUGCUUGUAAACAUGAUUGCAGAAUCUGUUCUCGAUGAAACAAUUCAAAGGAUCGAUGCUAAAACCCUUCUUCUCAAAGAACGCGAGAAGCUUCUCGAGGACAUGGAAAACAAGAUCACUUAUCUUCGGUCUGUUCAAUCCAGUCUUAAGGAUGAGUCGUUACUUGCUGAUGAAAGGCUUAAAGCUUUACAAGAGGAGGUACAUUUGCUUUGGGAUGUUUCGAGAAAGAACAACUUUGAACUUCACGUUUUGGAAUUGAAAGCGCAGGACGCUGAGGAAAGGCUCGAAGCUGUUACUUCGAAAGUUGAGAAGACGGCAGAAGUUGUUACAGAGCAAUGGAUUCAGAUUCAACAUCGUGAGCAGGCACUUCAAAUUGCACAAAUUAGGGCAUUGCAAUAUCAAAGGCAAAGGUGUAUGAGAUGCACAUUCUUGAAGUUUAUUAGUGACCAUUCUGAAAUACAUCUUCCAAAGAUGUUUGGGGCAGUGGAACAUUAUUCAUUUGGACUAGGAUCUACCAUGAAUUACUACAUGUCUCAAGCUUUUCCACAAUCGAGAAGAUUUUACUCAGCAACUAAAAAAUAUCACCAUGAGGUAUGCUUAACAUUGCAAUGGGAUUUUGUAGGAUUGAUGUAUCUGAAAAAUAAUCAUGUCACUCUUGAUGGUCUUUACAUGUGA